GUUUCCACUGGUGGACAACAAACCAUAGUUAAAAGUUAAAACUUUUGACGGUAAAAAAGGAUAAAAAAUUAUUCCAGUUAUGGAGAUUACACAUUACACAUGCAUAUUUUAAUAUUAACCAAAAAGCAGCUCAAGCUACAUUAGAGCUAAAGGAACAGAGGGUUUUUUGGGCGACUUUGGAGUGAGGAAAGGGUACUGAAUCAAAUCAAAUCUCCACCGUUGAAUCUUUUAUGUAUCUGAAUCAGACUGUUAAAAAGUGAUUUGGAUCUCCAGACGCCGGCAUUAUUCUCAGAUCCGACUUUCCUGUAAGAUCUUGUGCACUUUCUUAUCAUCCUAAGAUGGAUCUGAUGUAACACUUGAGAUUCUUGAUCUCUUGCUGUCCAAUAUUUGACGCGGUAGUGACAUUUACUGUUGCCUGUGGCAUCAUCUGGGUUGGUCUUGGUUCCUGUUGCUCGUUGAUGAUUGUUUCCAUAUUUAAUCAUUUCCUGGUUUGCUCACAAUCGGCUUCCGAGUUUGGCCGCUCAACUGAGAGUGUGGGUAAAGCUCUCUUCUACUGCCAUCUCUUUUGUUGAUUCUGACGCCCAACUGUGUUUCUCGACCUUUUAUGUCUCGUAACCCGGAUAGUCCUGUUCAGACCCAGAUGGCUGUGGCAAUCUUCAAGAGCCCACUUGGUGGGGAGUACCAUGGAAAGGGUAGGAUGGGAGGGAAAUCGACUGGGAGGAGACGCGUUUUUGUUCAAACUGAGACUGGUUGUGUACUGGGGAUGGAGUUAGAACGCAGCGACAAUGCUCAUACUGUGAAAAGAAGGUUGCAGCUUGCACUUAACUUUCCAAUUGAGGAGAGUUCUUUGACAUUUGGUGAUAGGGUGUUGAGGAAUGACCUGAGUGCUGUUCGAAAUGAUUCUCCUCUUCUGCUGACGAGAAACUUUAUGCAUCGAAGUUCAUCAACUCCAUGCCUUUUACCCACGGGGAAGGAUCAUAUUCAACCAAGAGAUCAAAGUGGUCCCAUUGAAAUACUGGGAAACGCAAGUCGCUUUGCCGAGACAAAGCAACUUAUCCAGGAAAUUGUGAAGGCAAUAAAGACUGGAGUUGAUCCACUUCCUGUUAAUGGUGGACUUGGAGGGGGUUAUUUUUUCAGAAAUAGCAGAGGUGAGAGCGUUGCUAUUGUCAAGCCCACAGAUGAAGAACCAUUUGCGCCAAACAAUCCUAAAGGAUUUGUGGGCAAAGCUAUUGGGCAGCCAGGCUUAAAACGAUCAGUCAGAGUUGGGGAAACAGGGUACAGAGAGGUCGCUGCAUAUCUUCUUGACUAUGAUCAUUUUGCCAAUGUCCCAGCUACUUCAUUGGUGAAAAUCACUCACUCAGUCUUUAAUGUCAAUGAUGGUGUAAAUGGAGACAAGCCUCGCAGCAAGAAGCAGCUUGUAAGCAAGAUUGCAUCUUUUCAACAGUUCGUUCCCCAUGAUUUUGAUGCUAGUGAUCAUGGAACCUCAAAUUUUGCUGUUUCUGCAGUGCAUCGGAUUGGAAUAUUAGACAUUAGGAUUUUUAACACAGAUAGACAUGCAGGAAAUCUUUUAGUUAGGAAGCUUGAUGGUAUUGGAAGGUUUGGUCACGUAGAACUCAUCCCCAUUGAUCAUGGGCUCUGUCUCCCAGAGAGCUUGGAAGAUCCGUAUUUUGAGUGGAUCCAUUGGCCCCAGGCAUCUAUUCCGUUCACAGAUGAUGAACUUGUGUAUAUAAAGAAACUUGAUCCUCUUCGCGACUCUGAGAUGCUACGAAGUGAACUCCCUAUGAUUCGUGAAGCUUGCCUUCGUGUCUUGGUCCUUUCCACCAUUUUUCUCAAGGAAGCCGCUGCUUAUGGACUCUGCCUUGCAGAAAUUGGUGAGAUGAUGAGCAGGGAAUUCCAUAGCGGAGAGGAGAAACCAAGUGAGCUUGAAGUUGUUUGUUUUGAGGCAAGAAGCCUGAUUGCUGAAAGGGAGAUUCUUUCUCCAAAAGCUGAAGUGGAUAACGAGUUUCAAUUUGACAUAGAUUGCGAAGAUGCUGGAUCUAACUUUAGUCCCAAAUUGAUCUCUCAGGAUUUCAUGAACAGAAACCCAUUUCAUCUUCCAAUUGGAGGAAGUGGUUGCUUCCCACUCUCUAAACUAGACGAAAGUAAUGAGGAAGAGGAAAGCGCUGAAGAAGAUGAGGAGAGCUUUAACUGUGUUCCUCUCCCAGCUAAGAGCAUUACUAUGCCAAAACAUUCAAUGUCUCUCAAGAAUACCACCUUAGGUGAGAAAAAACUGAAAUAUCCUAAUAUUUCCGGAGCAAAACCAGAAAAUACCUAUCUAGUUAGUUCAUCGUCUGGACAUCGGAGUGCAAAUGAGCAGCUUCCUGCAAGUGUCACCUUUGUGAAGCUAGCAGAUAUGAAUGACGGUGACUGGGCUUUGUUUCUAGAGAAAUUUGAAGAGCUUCUUUACCCAGCUUUUGCCAAGCGCAAGUCUAUCACUCUUGGGCAGAGACAGAUACAAAGGCUUGGGACUUCUUGCCAGUUUUGAGAAUUGAGAUAUUAAUAUAUUUCCUCUAUAAGGAUGACUUAUGCCUAAAAAAAGGCUGCAAGCUUGUUGAAGUGAAGGAAGUCGUGAUAGAUCAGAGUGAGGGAGUAGGGCCAUAGAAUGUGCUGUAAAUAUUUCUGGAGACAGCCAAGUGGAAGGGGCUGAGUAGAAUUGGUUGUUACCUUUUCUUUUUCUUGUUGACAUCUUCAACUUUUCCCCCUUUAACUGCAUUAGUCGUUUGUUAGAUAAAUAAUUUGUAGAAUGAAAUCCAAGAAAAAAAGAGUUGUAUGUAAAUAUUUGCAAGUGUUCUUAUGCUUUCA